AUGAAUAACAAUAUAUCACCUAUUGAAUGGGCGUCAGAGAGGCAGAUUAAUAUUGAACCAUCAUUACCACUUUUUCAGCUGGCCAGUAGAAACAAUUCAGGUUCGGGCAUCUUCCCAGAUUCUUUUGAAGCAUGUGAAGAGAAGGAAAAGCCAUCAAAAAAGAAAGGCUUGAAGAGUUUGUUCAGACAUGUUUCACAUUCCAAGCACCGUAACCAGUGUCAUGACAAAGUCAGUCCCUCAACGAUUUCAGUGGGUGAACCAAAAACAGAAAUACCGUCUGUGACAAAUUAUUCAUUUAAUUCGAAGGAAAAAUCGCAUAGAGAUGAUCAGAAGCCUGCUGGUCAAAACGUUGUAUGGGAUUUGUUUGAGACAGGUGAUUCUACACGAAGCAGUAGUCUUUCAGGUUAUGAAAUACAGGUACCUGUCGAGUACCAUAUGGACUGUGCUGUUUCGCAUAAUCUUAGCAAUGAGGAAACUAUAAACGAUGUCAAACCAAGUUUGGAUUCAAGUGUAUUUUCGGGGCAAAAGUCGAACUCCAAGUUACCUUCAUGUGCAGUUUCUUUAGCUUGCGCAACUCCUAUCAUGACAAUAACAAACGCAACGCCUGAAAUACCGCACACCAAAACCUUUUAUUCUUCAACAUCUCGUCCUCACAAUCAGUUAUCCGUGCAUUACAACCAUGAAAUGAAUGAUACUAUCCAAUUAAAACCUCAAAUCCAAUCAUUUAUCACUAUAAACGGAGAUAAUGCUAAUAAAUCAAUGGAAGAACCUAAACUUGUCGAUCCGCAACCCAUAAUAUUGUCGUCAUCGCCACCUGGAUCCAGCUCCGUUAAUACUAGUGUUGACGGUGGAAUUGCUUCUGAUGAUUUUAACAGUUCAAUUGACUCUGAACUAACAGCCUGUAAAAUACAACAGUUGCAACAUGAUGUAACACAACUUGAGACCGCUAUAAAGAACAAUCUAAAUGAACAACAAGAAUUAAAUGAUCGAUUGUUUUUACAAUUGGCUGAAGUUCCGAAAGUUGAAAAUGAAAUCUCUGAAUGUUCUUCAUCCUCAUCACCAUCUCAUGAUCAGUCAGCUUCUUCCGAAAGUGAAAUAAAGCGUAUCUAUAGUGAAAAGUUAAAACUACUUAAGAAACAAUUGAAAGCAUUAAACGAACAAUUACAAACAACACGUUAUGUUAUUGGAAAAUUAGAAAUUUAUGGAAUUCCAUUUGGUGUCUCUCCAAAGGACUAUGUUAAACAGUUUAUAAAUUCUCGGCACAAAUCGUGUGCGAGUUGUGCAACAGCAUCACCGUCUUCAAAACCAAAAACAACUCUUCCCAGUUCAUCAGAUACUAAUCAUCAACUUUUCCCAUGUAGUAGUAGUAGUAUCGGUAGUAGCCCUAAUGAAAAUGUCACUUCAUUGUCAUCAGCACCAGAUGUAUGCCGUAGUCAUCAACUGGCUAAAACAUUACCAGCUCGAAUAUCUAAUCCAAACAUUGAUUCAUAUAAACAACCGACAAGACAAGCAAAUACACUACCAGCUAAAAGUAUUCAUGAGAACAAAACAUCUAAUUUUGAUCCUUUGUUUAUGCCUACACAAUUUUCUAUCAGUGGUCAGUAUUGUAACAAUUCGGAUCUACAACCUAUUCCAUCAUCUCAGUUUUCUUCAACAGCACAACUUUCAUGUAAACAUGAAUUAACAGGGCCAAUAAUGUCGACCACUUCAUUGAUAACAUCUCCAAACACUGGUGUCUUGAAUACAGUACGUACAGGUUUAGGGUCAUUUGGUCGUCAAUUAUUUCGAGUUGGUAAACCUCGAUCGCAUAGUGAUGAAAAUAUCCCAAUGAAAACAAAUGGUAUCUCAAAUGAUGACAGUGGCUAUCGUAAGAAGGGUACUUCACGCCCGGCUGGUUAUUCAUUAUUUGCACCCUCAGAGAAAAAGAAAAGUAAGAAAAUUACAAAAAGUCAUUUAGCUGUGUCAAAUUUGCUAUAUCCUCCUAACUCAUCUAACAUAUUCUUGUCUGAGAAUUUAACCAGCAGUAAUUCUCAACCGAUACGUACUGGCUCUUUGUCUUCUACCAAUGGAGUCAACCCAAUCGGUACUGGAUAUGAUGGUGGUGGUCGUAGUAUGAUUAGUGGUUUGAGUGGUAUAGGUGGUGUUGGUGCUGCUGUUGGAGGUGCUUCAAAAGAUGAUAUAAAUCCUGAUCCAUCUGGUAACACUGGAAACAUAGGAGGGUUUAAUUCAUGGUCAGAAAGCGGUGACAAUACACUUAUGCGCAUAUUUGAAUUUCUUGGUGUUUCCGGAAGUCAAGUUUAUAGUAAUGGUCAAAAUCUGAUAUCUAGCGGUAAUAAUAAUAUGCCCGGUGUUGGUUCAUCUGGUUCAUCCGCAUUAUCUGCAUCAGGAUUAGGUAUUUUGGACAAAUCUAAGGCUGGAUCAAAAAGUCAUAUAAGUGGAGCAAAUAUUAUCCCAUCGGAUACAUUUAAUACUCCUUAUAGUGCUAUGACUGGUGGUAUUGGUAUCAACAGUUCUCGUCCAGAUUGCACAUUGACAACUGUAUCACCAAACAAUUUAGCUCUUGCAUUCGCCUACCUUUAUCGACGUCAAGAGUGUCAAUUCACCUUGCUUACAAAUCAACAAUCACAGAUAUUUCAAGAACUUCGUGAUGAGUUAGCUGUUAUGCGCAGUGAGACACUUAAUAUUCAAUCAUCUCUAAAUAAUUUAACAACAGAAUUGGAAGCUAUUCGACGUGAUGCAACAACGAAAGCUGAAUUACAAAAUCAAAAGUUAAUUGAUGCCAGUUCACGCAUUGAACGGUUGGAUGCUAUCGCUGAAGAAUCAAGACAAGCUUUACCACAUGAAUUAACAACACUCCGUAACGAGUUUCAUGAUUCACUGUAUUCAGUUGAAUAUCAAGUCACCACAAAAAUACGUGAUUUAAGUGAUAAUAUAACAAGUAUUAAUAAUAAGGUGAGUAUGAUUGAAAAACCUAAUGAUCAAUCUAGUACACUUGGAUCACAUGGGACUGAAUUAGAGCGUGUUCGUCGUAAAGUGUUACACUACUUAACUGAUUUGUGUGUCUCCUUCUUUGCAUUGGUCACUAUGUUACUGCAAGUGCUUAUACGCUGUUUAAAUUUGGGUGCUGUGCUAACAGAGAAUCGAAAACUUGCGGUUUGCUUCUCCAUGACAAUGUUGGCGAGCUGUCUACUUGUGUACACAUCUGAUCCUAUCAUUACAUGGCUCAGGGAAGAUGAUAUUACAGAAAAUCCUGGUACGGUGCGUCACAGAACUCAGUACUGGCGUAGUAUUCUGAUUGCUAUUUUAUCAUUUUUUCGAAGUUUUUCGCGUGGAAUGUCAUAA